AUGUCUAAAAUGUGGAUUAAAUUAGUUUUAUUAUCUAUUUUAAAUUUUAGUGGAUCUGUAACAACUUCAUUCGACGUCCGCGCCCUGGUCAACGGGAACCGCAUGGCUGGUGUUCCACUGGGCUUGUCUCUUGGAGCCGGUGAGCUGGACGUGGAGGGCAUCUGCACCAAACCUGGCAUGGCCUGCCAGAACUGCAGUCAUGCUGUCACCUGCGUCCCUCUACCUGUUGGGUGGUUAAAGGUUCCAUUACAAGAAUGCAAUGAAGGGUUAACAUGCAACGCUCACCAGGGUCAGUGUUCACCAGACCCAGCACCAGAAUGCAGUGGAGCUGCCCAAGACUUUGACCAUACCUGUGAACAGGUGGGAAUAUUCCCAGAUGCCUACGACUGCAGAAAGUUCCACCUCUGCUCUCCACCUGAAGGUUUGCCUGAUGGUAGACCAGCAGACCACAGAGCAGCUCUGUGUCCCAGACAUUAUGGAUACAAUCCAGCUACUGCACAGUGCUCAAUUCAAUUAGAACACAGCCAAUGUUCAGAGAAACCUGUUCCAGAAUGCAAAGUUAUCGGUCAACAUGGAGUCCUGCCCCUAAGCUCCAACCAUUACUACGUCUGCCUAAUCAAGAACGGAGUUCUGCACCCUCAAGUAUUCAUAUGUCCUCACGGCUGGCACUUCUGGGGAGAAUUCUGUCAACCAGAACCCGAAAAGAAAAUAGUAAAAGAUACAGAUGAUGAAACUAUUAAAGUAGAACAUUCUUCAGAAGAAAAAAUACCAGAAGAAGAAGAAAAAGUAACGACUACAGAAAAAGAAGCGACCACAGAAGCUACUGCGACAGUUGAAGCUACAACUACUAAAAUAGAUAGUUUCUUCUCUACUGAGAGAACUGCUACGUAUGCAGCUGAUACAUUCUUAGCUGAUAAGAUAGACUUAGCUAAUUACGAAACUACUGAUGACGUUGGUGCUCCCACUAAUGAUAAUUUUGGCUUGUCUAUUGAAUAUAAUGAUUGGGAGUAG